AUGGCCGCGCUCGAAUCAAGUGCGAGCGCAGAUGUUACGAGCGAUGUGCAAGAAGGGACGCUUUUACAUUUCCAUCAGCGUUUUGGGCAUCUUGAAUUCGACACUAUUGAGCGCAUGGCUCGAAACCCAGCCUCGGAAAUAAGGCUGACGAGCAGCAAGCGCAUGGCGUGCGUUUCGUGCAUGGAGGGUAAACAGAAGCGAAACUCCCAAAACCAGACGGACAGUGGUUUUAACGCGCCCAUUGACAGAGUCGGUGGAGUCAUCUGUUCGGAUUUGAAAGGUCCGAUGACGCCACGGGAUAGGCUUGGAAACCGUUAUUUGGUUAAUUUCGUCGAUCACAAGUCGAAUUACUGCCGGAUAUUUCUCGCAAGAACAAAGGAUGUGGCGGCUAAACAGUUUGAGGCUUUCCUCGUUUUCUUUGAAAAGCGUUUCAACUGCCGAAUCCACGUGCUAAGGACAGACGGUGGUGGAGAAUACACUAACAUAGACCUCUUUUGUAAAAGGACCGGGGUGACAAGGCAAGUGUCGGAAGCUGGAAACCAAGCUUCUAAUGGCAAGGCGAAACGGAUGCACAGGACGGUGCUUAAUUUGGCACGAAGCAUGAUGUUUGCGUGCGGUCUAACAUUUCAUUUUUGGGGAGAUGCGGUUCAGUACGCCUCGUAUAUACCGAAUCGCAGCCCUACGCGCGCAAACGCUAAGAGAGCGUCUCCACUUAAGUUGUUGACGGAAAAGGUGCCGGAUCUGCGCAAGAUCGUUGUUUUUGGCCCCACGUGUAGCGUGUAUCGCGACCCAAGCAAAAAUUCACUACAGCAGCGCGCACAACUUGCCACGAUCGUGGGGGUAAGUGAAGAAACCAAGGGCUACAAGGUUUAUCUACGCAAGAAGAACAAGGUGAUCGUGACUCAGCACGUCAAGAACAUCGACACUCUGUCUGAAGCACAGAACGCGCAGCUGCAGCAAGAGAUGGUGGAGCAGGAUAAGGAUGUGACGACACCCGCCCCAAGACAAGCGAAAGUAAGCAACACAAGUGCUGCCAAUGUGGGUACACGAAAGAAAAGCACGAAGGAGUGGACGCGGUCUGCUCAUGGUACGCGCGGCGCAUCGAAGCGUGCGCAGGCGGUAGCACUCCAGAAGGAGUCGCAGUCAAGCGGCGGAGUCGUAAAUGCUAUUUUUGACUAA